AUGGCGCCAAUUCCAACAGAAGUGGCCUACACGCCCACCGACUCGCUCUCACAUUGUUGCUCGAGCUCCGAAUCCGGCAUCGACAAUGCACCCCUCACAAGAGCGACAACACCAGACUCGUCCGCCUCGUCGGUCGCAGGCAGGAGGAGGCACGCCGUCGUCGUCGGCCUCGGCAUGGUCGGCAUCGCCUUUGUCGAGAAGCUGCUCAAGUACGACCUCGAAGGCGGCCGCGAAGAGUGGCAGGUGACCGUCAUCGGCGAGGAGCCCCACAUCGCCUACAACCGCGUCGGACUCACCCAGUACUUUACCAACCGCAGUAUCGAGGCGCUCUACCUCAACCCGCUCGCCUGGUACUCGUCGCACGCCAAGGGCAAGCUCACAUACCACACCUCGGACCCCGCAGUGGCCAUCGACGCCGAGGCCAAGGUCGUCAAGACGGCAAAGGGCCUCGAGAUCGAGUACGACGAGUGCAUCCUGGCCACCGGCUCCGACGCGGCAUUGCCACCCUACAUCUCGCGCAAGCGCUUCUUCGAGACCAAGGGCACCUUCGUCUACCGCAGCAUCCAGGAUCUCGACGACAUCAUCGGCUACGCUCAAGACGCACCAAGCACGCUCGGGCGGCGCAUCCGCAAGGCGGCGGUCAUCGGCGGCGGCCUCUUGGGCCUCGAAGCUGCAAAAGCGCUCCUCGACCUCGACGAGGUCGACCAGGUGGUGCUGGUCGAGCGCAACCGCUGGGUGCUCAGCCGGCAGCUGGACCAGGAGGGCGGUACCAUGGUGCUCGACAAGGUGCGCGACCUCGGCGUCGAGGUCCUCCUUCAGGCGAGGGUGCGCGACCUUCAGUGGGACGGGACGGACCGCCUCACUGGCAUGGUGCUCGAGGCCAAGGACGGCAAGCCAGAAGAGGUCUUUGAGGUCGACAUGCUCGUCUUUGCCGUCGGUAUCAAGGCGCGCGACGAGCUGGCCACCUCCAUCACGCCCUACUCGCCCGCCAUUCACAAGCGCGGCGGCGGAUUCGUGGUCGACACCCGCCUCAGCACGUCGAUCCCGCACCUCUACGCCAUUGGCGAGUGCGCAUCCUUCCUCGACCAGACCUUCGGCCUGAUCGCGCCCGGCGUCGAGAUGGCCGAGGUGCUCGCCUUCAACCUCACCGAGGGCCCGCAUCACAAGCUGCGCGACAUGAAGGCGCCGGACGUCAGCACCAAGCUCAAGCUGAUGGGCGUCGAUGUGGCCUCGUUCGGAGACUUCUUCGCCGACCAGGGCAAGAUCAGCAAGCCGCUCCCCUCGGCCGGCCGGGCCGCUGCAAGGAAGGGCGCCAUCGCCAUCCCGCCGCCCGAAGAGGUCAAGAAGCAGGUCAAGGCCCUCACCUACCGCGACCCCUUCUCGGACGUCUACAAGAAGUACAUCUUCACCGCCGACGGCAAGUACCUGCUCGGCGGCAUGAUGGUCGGCGACGUAAAGGACUACAUCAAGCUCGUCAGCCUCACAACCAAGGGCAUGGCGAUCGAGAAGCCGCCCGCCGAGCUCAUCGUCGGCGCCAAGAAGGAGGGCGAGGACGAGGGCGCCGACCUGCCCGACGACGCCCAGAUCUGCAGCUGCCACAACGUCACCAAGGGCAUGGUGGUGCAGUGCGUCAAGGACGGCGGCAUCCGCUCCUUUGGCGAGAUGAAGGCCAGCACCAAGUGCGGCUCCGGCUGCGGCGGCUGCGUGCCCCUCGCCACCAGCAUCUUCAACAAGGCGCUGAAGGAGGCCGGCGUCGAGAUCUCCAACCACCUCUGCGCUCACUUCGCCUACUCCCGCCAGGAGCUCUUCCAGAUCGUCAAGUUCAAGAAGCUCAAAGACUUCUCGACGGUCAUGCGAACGGUGGGCAAGACGCCCAACAGCCUCGGUUGCGAGGCGUGCCGGCCGGCGGUGGGCAGCAUCCUCAGCUCGCUCUACAACGAGUGGAUCAUGCAGCCCUCGCUGCGGCAGACGCAGGACACCAACGACCGCUACCUCGCCAACGUGCAGCGCGACGGCACCUACAGCGUGGUCCCCCGGCUGCCGGCGGGAGAGGUGACGCCGGCCGGCCUCAAGGCGAUCGGCGAGGUGGCGGACAAGUUCAAGCUGUAUACCAAGAUCACCGGCGGCCAGCGUAUCGACAUGUUUGGCGCCAAGAAGCAGGACCUGCCGGCCAUCUGGGAGAUACUGGUCGACGCCGGCUUCGAGAGCGGUCACGCGUACGGCAAGGCGCUGCGCACCGUCAAGUCGUGCGUCGGCAGCACGUGGUGCCGGUACGGCGUCGGAGACUCGGUCGGCCUGGCGCACGAGCUCGAGUCGCGCUACAAGGGCAUUCGCGCGCCGCACAAGUUCAAGGGCGGCGUCUCGGGCUGCGUGCGCGAGUGCGCCGAGGCUCAGGGCAAGGACUUUGGCCUGAUCGCCACCACCAAGGGCUGGAACGUCUACCUGGGCGGCAACGGCGGCGCCAAGCCGCGCCACGCCGAGCUCGUCGCCGAGGACGUGACCAAGCGGCAGGCCAUCAAGAUCCUCGACCGCUUCAUCAUCUUCUACAUCCGCUCGGCCGAUAAGCUCGAGCGGACGGCGAGGUGGAUCGAAAAGUUCCCCGGCGGCAUCAAGGGGCUCAAGGAGGUCAUCGUCGACGACAAGCUGGGCAUCUGCGCCGAUCUGGAAAAGGAGAUGGAGGUGCUGGUCGGCACCUACCACUGCGAAUGGACCAACGUGGUCAAGGAUCCGCUGCGCAAGAAGGCCUUCAAGCAGUUUGUCAACACCGACGAGACCCAAGCGGUCUCGGAGAUGAUCACCGAGCGCGAGCAGCAGCGGCCGGCCGACUGGCCCGUCGACAGCAGCCCGCUUCGCUUCAGCGUGCUCGACGUGGCCAAGUCGGCGCCGUGGGAGUUCCGGCCGGUCUGCCGCCUCUCGGACCUGGACAGGCAGGACGACUCGCCGACGAGCGCCACGAUCAAGUACGGCGACGUCCAGAUCGCCGUGUGGAACAUCCCCGGGCGCGGUCUGCGGGCGGCGCAGAACAUGUGCCCGCACCGGCGCGCGUUUGUGCUCAGCGACGGCCUGAUCGGCGAGGACGCAAAGGGGCGCGACUACGUCUCGUGCCCGCUGCACAAGCGCAACUACCUUCUCAGCGCCAAGUCCGACGAGGAGGGCGGCAACUGCACCAACGACGGCGACUACUCGAUCAUGACGUUCGAGACCAGGGCCGACGAGGAGACCGACACCGUCUACCUCCGACUCCCGCCCACCGACGCCCUCGACGCCGUCCUCUCGACGUCCAAGUGGAUGCUGAGGAAGGCCACCGAGGAGUCGGACCUCAUCGCCGGUGGGCAGUCGCACUCGAUCGAGAUCACCGGCCCCCUCAGCGACGCCGAGACGGCUUCCAAGCAGCGCCCGUCCUCGUCCGACUCUCAGCCCUCUUCUUCUUCGCCGGCUGCGCCAAAGAAGGCGUCUUGCGGCGAGAGCGCCCUAGACUGGUAG